GUUCAUUGAACUAAUGCAUGCGAAGAGAAAAAAUGUCUGGUACCAAUGCUCUCUAGCACUUGGUCAGAUAAUAGCGGCAGUCCAUCUCAGUACCAAGCCUCCAAGCAUUCAAAGAUUCCUAAGAAGAAAAAAAAUAACCUUAAUGAAACUCCCGGGUCAGCGUCAGCCACCAACAGCGUUGUGGAUCAGCACAAGGAAGAAAAAGAUCUGACAACAGCGGACAGGUUGGCGUGUUGGCAUGCAGUAGCCACGAUGGCUUUUCGUUCGAGAACAAGACAAACGGCGAGCGAGGAUGAGGAUGCAUGCGGGGGCGAGGCGAGCACCAUCGACUGUUGUGGAAGAAGCCUGAGGGAUCGACGAUUUUUCAUUCCAGAUUUGGCGGCUAGACCUGAAAAUUCAUCAUCACGAGAUGGGAUUUCCAGUAUUUGCCAUGUGCAAACGCAAACUGGGAAUUCGCUUAUCUCUCGUGCGUCAAGCAUCGCCCUUUAUCUCAUUCGACGGGAUACGAUUUUGAAGUCUAAUUUUCUGCUUUUUGGGAGACUAACAUCGCACCAAAGAACUGGCCAGGUCGAUGUGUGCGGAGCGGCGCGUUGUGCCGUGUCCGUUGCAUGA